AUGGCCAGCCAGGGCAGUGGUUGCGACGUGGAGGAGAAUGAGCUCGAUGAUGCAGAGAUGGAAGAAAAAGAUGAGCUGGGGAAUUUGAGUGGAAUAGCCAACCGGCGUCCUCCCUUUCGCGUCGGUGGCUUCGCCAGUGAAGCCGGAACAAGUAGCAGCCGCAACCAUCACCGGUUCCUCGACCGUAGUAAGGUCAGGAUCCUUCUCUGUGAUGGUGACGAAAAGAGUUCCAGAGAGGUCUCUGAACUCCUCUGCAAGUGCUCCUACCAGGGUAUAAUAACCCUUCGCUAAUCCCUGCCGUUUUUUUCUUACUUUUUUAUAGUCCGUUUCCUAUUGGAGUAUGGAUGCAAUGGGUCGGAGGUUGCGUUCUUCUUUGUCCAUGUCUGGGCAUGCUUAGAAUGCUCAGUGGAUUGUCAUAAAGCUCUUCCCUUGAUUUCUUUCCCAUUUUUCUCUCGGGUUGUGAUAUGGUUUGGAAGCCAAUCGGUAGCCAAUCUGGAAAGGCACCAAAAAAAUCUCGAUCUCUAUUUCACGGGUAUAGGAACGGGACCAGAGCGUCACAUCUGUAUCUCACGUGUGUGAUGUAUGUGUAUGUGUGAAAGUGACGGCCACUUCAUGUUAUUCAUGUUCCAGUUGUAUCAGUGAGGACUGCCAGACAAGUUAUCAAUGCCCUGAAUGCACAAGGAUCUGAGAUUGAUAUCAUACUGUCUGAAGUCGACCUACCUGUGGCCAAAGGCUUCAAGAUGUUGAAGUAUAUAAUGAGGACCAAGGAAUUGAGGCAUAUUCCCAUCGUCAGUAAGUCUCUUCUAUUUCUUACGUUUCUGUUGACUUUUGUUCUAUUUUCACUUUUAUGCGGAAAUGUUUUUCCAGUGAACAUCACCUGGAUUAAUGUGAUGGAAUCUGAUGAUGGAUAUUUCAUCGACUGUACUGUAUUUUGCAGUGAUGUCUGCAAAAGAUGAAGUUUCUGUUGUAGUGAAGUGCUUGAGACUUGGAGUAGCUGACUACCUUGUGAAGCCAUUGCGCACAAAUGAACUGCUAAAUUUGUGGAUACAUAUGUGGAGGAGGAGGCGCAUGGUGCGACACCUGAUAUUGAUUUGAGGAAUAUUUCCGUUACUCUGAGUUAUCAUUUCUCUUUCUGUGAGUAGGAAGGAGCAGAUAAAACGUAGUGGUUCUAUCUCUGACUUUACUGUUCAUCUUGACAGCUUGAUCUGGCAGAGAAGGACAUUUGGAGUUAUGACAUUGACACAUUAGUCUCUGAUAUGAGUGAUGGAAAUACAAACAGUACGUUAGUCUCAGAUGAUACAGAUGACAGGUCCAGAACUGUGCUUGUAGAAAUGGUCAUGUCAAAGCGUCAAGAAUUUGAUGUGAGAGUGAGUAAUAUGCUGGCAUUUUUCUUUUUCCUGGAAAUGUAGUUGAGGUAGAUUUUUGGUGUCAGUUCUUUUCACUUGUGUGAGUUUAUUUUCAAUCCCUUAAGAACUGCUCUCCUUUUCUUGAACAAGUUUAGAAUUUAUAACUGCUACAUUGAUUAUGAUAGAACAAGAUGUUUCUAUCAUACGCAGCUUGUGCUGAGAGUUUUCGGUAGCAGCUUCAAUGUUUCUCAUUGUAAUCUUAUUCAAGGGGUUGUUCCCCAACUAAACUCAUAUUCUGCUCGAUGAAGGCUCCUAAACUACCUAAUCACAGACUUAUUUCUUGUCCAUUGUUAUUUUCCCUAGAGCAUGAUAUACCAAGGUCAGUUCUGUGAAUCUGCCAAGUACUUGCUUUGACUGGCCAAUAUAUGAGAGAUUCAAGUGCUUUCGUUUUCAAGACUUGAACUAGUAUUCAAAAACCCAGAACGAAAGUUCAAGGAAAAAGAUUUGAGGUAGGUUUUCCUGUUGAGAGAUUGGAUGAUACAAUGGAAUACUGAUAGUUCAAGCAAUUUUGUGUUUUAUAAAACUUUUAUAGAAUAUGUGGUCUUCAGUGGGUCCUACAUGUUUCUUGUUUAUGAGCUGCUUUUGUGCUUAGUUACGAUUAUCUCUGCACGGUCAUUUCGAUUGAUGAGUUGGUCAGGAGUAUGAUUUACCAUAUGUGUUUUGUUGACAAUGUUGAGCACUGAAGGCUUUGGAUUUCGCUAUUUUAAAGACACAAAAUUUGCACUAUGUAGAGAUUCUCAUCCGGUUGGAUGGUCUUUCGCCACAGCAAAUAUUCUACCUGUUGACCAGUCUAGUGGGGAUUUAUAUUCUGGCCCUCUCCUUUUGUAUAGCAAUAAAAACGCCACAAGAGGCUUCCAUUCCUGGAGUUCUGGUAUCUGUUUUAAAUUCUGGUACCGGUACUUGUUGUCUGAUUGCAGAUAUUCAAUAAUCGAAUCCAUCUGAGGCUAUGGAAGAGUUGAUUGUAGUUUCUUUCACUCUCUGGAGGGUUCUAGAUAAGGUAUUGUCCUGUCUGACUUCUUUGGAAACAUUUUCAGAUUCUCCUAAUCGCCAGUGCUAUUUAGCACUGAACUGGUUCUCUCUCCUCAGAGAGAUGUAAAUAGAUGCUGUCUCUUUCUCCUAUCGGAUGUACAGAGUAUCGGUGCUUCAAUCAGUGAACUAGUUUUUUGAAGACCUCUGCUCCCGUAAUGUUGGUUGCUUCCCUCUUCUUCCAUACUAUCUUGUCCCCCUUUGGUUCUUCCACUUAUGUCUCACAUGGCCAAGGUUGCUAGCACUGUAGAGAUCAGAGGGUUUGAGUGCUUCAUGAAUCUUGAUUUUCAGGCGUUACACAGAAUAAAUGGAAGAUGUUAGGAUGCACUGUAGUAUGCGUGCUUUUAUGAGAUGGCCAUCAAAUAACAUUAAGAGUAAGUUUUGGAGAAAUUUGAAGUUAUUGUAAGAGAAUAAAAUAUUGCCUUCAAGAGUCUUUGUUAAGUUAUUCCCGCUCUAUUGUACAGGGGAUUAAUUGACUAUCUUGUGAAGAAAAAUGCAAAGAGAAGAUGUGCUUAUGAGAAGAACCUUGAAGGCAGCUGCAGUGGAUUGAAGAAGGCAAAUGUGAGGAGGAAAUUUAUAGUUGUGUUUUCCAGUUCAAAGUUGGGAAUCCUGGUGCUUCAAAGAGAAUUUCUAGAGUGAUGCGGAUUUCAUUCUUGUUGACAAUUGAUUUCGGCCCAUAAAACGAAUUAGUUACCAUCACUGGGUACAAGGGUUCAAGACAGCAUAAACUAUUAAUUGAUCUUCUGGAAACAAAGAGAUGGGUGGCUGAAGCUGAAGAUGGUUGAUCGAGGCUAAUAGUGGAGUAAAAAAGGGUGAGGAAUGGAGUGGCCAAUUGUUUGAGGGACAUAGGUGUGUGAUGAUGAUGAAGGAAUUAAAGAUAUUUGACUUGGGAAUUAAUUUCUGAAUGGAAUGGGUAGGGACAGCAUAGGUGGGUUCAUACGCAUAUAUAUGUAGAUCUAUUGGUUUAUGGGUCGCUAACUGAAAAUUUGAUUUGUCUGUGAGGAAUCUCAACAGCUAAGAAUGCAUCUACUGGGUCUUGCUUAUUUGGUCUUGUGUGGGCCUGAUUGUAUAUCCUGUUGAAACCUUUCCAUUUCCUUCUAGGUUAAUGAAGAAAGGUUAGGCACGGUUUUGAUGUAUCUGAGAAUACCUUUUCUCUUUUUUUCUUCAUGGUGUCAGAGUAGGAUGUAUCACGUCUCCCCUUGUUCUCCUAUCCAGUUUCUCACGUUGCUAUCGACUAUGGUUUCUUCCCUUCCUAAAUCUCUUAAUGUCUAACUCACUAUUACUAUCUACACUCAGCAUCUAGCCCUAGCCUGUGGCAUGGGUGUACUGCGUGUUGUUUCAACUGUGUGGCCAUGUGAUGCAAGCAUGUGAUGUGGGAGGCUAUGAGUGAGGGGACUUGUUUGAUUAUGGGCUAUAGUUUCCUGCUAUCAUUUUUUUGUAUACAGAAGCAUCACUACUUAUUUCCUUUGGAUCCUAAGAUUUUGAAUAUCUGUUCUAUUGGGGUGGAUGGGGAGAGCUAUCAUAAGUGGUCUUAGUUUCACUGUAUUCGAUGGAUCUGUUGGGUUGUGUUGGAAGUUCUAGGUUUUAAGAAAAUACUGUAAAAGACUGAGGGAAUUUUGGGACAAUCGUCUAGGGUUCCUCCCUAUAUAAAGGGUGUUACAAGUGAAUGAAAGGUGAGGUGAUUGUCUGCUUCUCCCCUCUGUCCUCCAUGACAAAGGUCAUUCUUCCUGUGCCUACGUUUUCCAACAGCCUUAAAGAUAAGUACCAGCUGGUUGAUAGACAGCUAUUAUACGAUGUCAUGACUUCUUAACGGUGCAGAAACCUGGAUUAGCAUGCAUGUGAUUUUUUGAAGACGAUGAAAAUCUUGGUUGCUUCACAAAAUCUCUGAUUUAAAAAUCCUAUGAAAGAUUUUUUAUUUCUAGAAGGAGAUCAUCCUUUAAAUGAACUAUGCUAUCCAGGACGGUUAAAAGGACAAAGAAAAUUAGCAUGCACAAUUGGAAGAGUUUCGUAUCACUAAUCCCUUAUCAAGUUUACUUCCCAAUUUUUCUCACUUUUGGAGCCUUAUUCUCGCUGAAGAUAUAGUUUCAUUUUGGCAUAGCAUUUUUUCAUGUCUCCAGCACAUUACAUUCUCACCCACUGCAACUUUGACUGAGAGUGUAGGUAUAGCAUCUACUUGUAUUUAUGAGUUGUUUCAAAGGCCUUCAUGUUAGUGGCCCUGGAGGUCAUGAUUUGGCCCCACAAUAGUGUUCAUUCUGGUCGUAGCAGCAGUGUAUCCGACAUAUUGUGGAAAUUUCAUCAAACUUGCUUGGAAAAUAGCUUUCCAACACCUACGAUGGAUGGUGGUGAUCAAACCAUUAAUUUAGUUGUCUUAGAAUUGCAGUUUUUUUAAUUUCAAAUAUAAGAUAUUUACUUACAGCCUUGAACUCUCAGCCAACCGCCACUGAUGCUUCAUGUUCAAAAACUAGUUCUCUCUUAUCUUCCAUGCCAAGCUCUGCACUAAGUUAUUUUUUCUCUCAAGAACUGGCGAUCAAUCCUAAUAAUUUAUGUGUAACACUGUUGGGGUUUUGAUAGCAGCUUUGCACUAAACUGUCAAGGAAAAUCGCAAACCAUAAUUUUUUCUAUUACAUUGUACGCUCUAUGUCUGUAUUAGGUUUCUACUGUAAUUGCUAAUUUGCAAUAGCAUGAUUGACUUUAUAUAACAUGAAAUACGACUUAGCUGCUCCCUUUUGUUCAUUCGAAUUAUGAGUAACUUCAGUAGCUAUAGUUGCCGGUUUACACCUUAACUUUUUCAUCUUUCUUAGAAACGUUACUUGUAAGUUCUCUUUAUUCUGUGAAUUUCUCCUUUGUAGAACUUUAUAUGACCUAGGAGAUAUGUGCUAGGGUCUUUUCAUUAUACUUUUAUAUGACAUUCUUUUACUCGUUACUCCUUAGUUAUUUCUCUUGACAGUCCACCAAAUGCUUUCAUUUCAAGCUCUUUUUCAAUGCUGGUCUUUGAUGAUCUCGUUUUUCCUCAUCAACCUGAAGGCUACUGUGCCCUUCACUAGUGAUUCAUCAAUUUUACAGAGUCUAGUGCAUAUUCCAUACUGAGCAUUCUGAAUUUGUAGGCUAGGUUUGAGGAAACCUAUAUUACUUUAUGGGUAAUAGGUACACUUUCCUUCAACUUCACAACUUCAUAGAUUUGUAAUGUAUACUUCUUCCAUCGUUCUGUGCUUAUUAUGACUUUAUUUACAUCAAAGUGUAAAUAGUCAUGGGCAUUGUAAGUUUAUUUUAAAGGAAACAUGUUAAGUAAAAAUGUGUCCAAUUCUUAACCCCCAUAACUGGUUAAAAAAUGUGUGUGCAAUUCUUUAUGUAGAUCUCUAUUUACUAAGGCAUUACUUAUGUCAACAAUAGUAAAAGACCUCAGUUGAUACUUAGAUGAUGGUCACUUGAACGAUUUCAAGUUUGUCAUAUGUGAGAGAUUACUGGUAACUUAUUUUAGAUUAUGCAUAAAGCCAUUUUACCCUUAGAUUGUAUCUGAGAAUAAGGUUAAAUUAAGAAGCUUUAGUCAAGCUUUCUUUCAUAGUGCAUAUAUCCCUCAUCUGUUUGAUUGAUCUUUCUGAAUCUUUUACUAUUUUUGUGAGAAAUGAUUUGGGGGAGAUGCCUAUGGCAAAUACAAAGGAGCAGUUAGAAGGUAAGGGGUCUAGCGAACAAGUAUAUUUGGAUAUGCAAUUCUUUUCAUAUUUUUCAAUUUUCUUCUGGUCAAUUCAGUGGGGACUUGGAUAGGACAGGAACGUGAAGCUUAAUGUCCUCUCAAAAGAAAUCAAAUGCAGGCACAACAUGCACACCUCUUUACCAUUAUAAGUGAGAUGGCCACUGUUAUGGUGAUCAUCUCUUUCAGUGAUACUUUCUUCGGCAUUUACUGCUUCUGGUGUCCAUUGCUACGGUUGCCUUAUCAUGUCAAUUAUCAUGAUUGCCUUAACUUGCAAAUUAUUGACACCCCUCUGAAAUGAACAUGAAUGUUUGUUGACUUCCUGGCUGAUUCCAUCGUUUACAUAAAUCAGUGUGAAAUUUGGCAACGAAAUAGUGCUCUCAUUCCAAAUAAGUUCAACUAAAUGCAUUGAUCAAAAGUUACUUGUCCAACGCAAACUGCGCUGGGAAAUCAAUGUGAAUACACGGUAUAUGGAAUGAAUAUCGUUGUUAAAUGCACACCUGAAUUCUUUACUCUUGAUUACAAAGUUCAACAAUCUAUAGGUACUAUAAGAAGGAUAGUUUGCAUUUUCAUAUGGCUAAGAAUAAUUUAUGAAAAAUAAAUAAUUUAGAUUAUGUUCUGCAUAUCACGUUGUUAUCCAAUCCUGUGCAUUAGUUAGUAGUUCAACCUAAAUCUAAAGUCAAUAUAUUCUUAUCUUGUGUAAUCUACUAUUGAGUCUUACAUUGAUAGAUUUUCAUGAUCCUCAUUUCCAAAUUGUAGGAGUAUUUGGUAGAUGUUAUUCCUCCAUUUUGUGGUGCCAAAAUAAUUCUUAGUUAAUAGCCUAUCUUCACUCAUGUAACGUACACCACUCCCAAAAAAAUUGAUGUCCAUAAAAUUUAUAAUUUCAUGGAGAGGUUCAGCAGAUCUGAUUUCUAUUCGAUUUUAUUUUCAUAUUGUCUCUAUUAAGCACUACCCAUUUUAAUGAACCAUUAGAGGCUGUAGCAAGUUAUGAUCUCAGCGAAUUAUUUGCAAUGAACUUUUACUGGAUACAUGGUUAAUGUUUCAACAAAGUCCGUAAAUUAGCAAACUUGCAAAUUUUAUUGAUGAGAAGGCAUAAGUUUUACUUUCUAUGUUUUUCCUUAUUUGCAAUACAAGGUCAUUGUCAAUGAAAGGUUUUUCGUUGUUGACUAUGUUGAUUAUCUUUAGGUUCGUUGUCUUGAUAAUAUACUCACGAGAGAGGUUUGAAGCAAUCACGCAAUAGGAAAUAAAAUGGAAUAUUGAUGCUAUAUCCACAAGGAAAUUUCUUUCUUCUGCUCUCUGUAUGGUCAUCCCUAAUUUUUUGAAAAGGAAAACUUUUACUGCCUCACAAGGGUUUGUUCUGUUAUGUCUAGAUGAGAACUUGCUGCGUCUUCAAUCUCAAAGUCCUCUUACUACUGCAGCCCGCCUUUUCUCAGAAAGUGAAACUCAUGUCUCCAAAUUUAUUUUCUGAAUUAUUUCUUCCGUUAAUAAUACAGCUAUGAAUGCCUAGAGGCUUGACGUGUUCAGACCAAUUAACCUGGAUUAAGGAUAUAAUAUAUCGAGUGAACAGUGCAUGAGAGUCAUCUGUAAUUAUGUUUGAGCUACUUUUUGGCCUGUGCUCAUUUAGGUAGAAUGCUCAUUUAUGUUUGAGUUACUUUUACUUGGAAUGCUAGUUUAGAUGGUCAUAUGUUUGAGUGCAGAAAUGUAAGCAGAUACAUCAUUCUGUUGUAAGCAUGGAUCUGACUAUGAGUUCUGAUGUCCAUUGGAUGAACUGAAAAUUCGUUCUCUGUAAUUCUAAAAAGUGAUUCAUAGUCAUCAGAAUGAUUCUAUGCCGAUUACAUAAUUUGCAUUCCAAGUGAACUAUUUUACGGUUUAUUGGGGUCCGAUUACAUAAUUUGCAUUCCAAGUGAACUAUUUUACGGUUUAUUGGGGUCCGAUUACAUAAUUUGCAUUCCAAGUGAACUAUUUUACGGUUUAUUGGGGUCCGAUUACAUAAUUUGCAUUCCAAGUGAACUAUUUUACGGUUUAUUGGGGUCUGAUUACAUAAUUUGCAUUCCAAGUGAACUAUUUUACAGUUUAUUGGGGUCCGAUUACAUAAUUUGCAUUCCAAGUGAACUAUUUUACGGUUUAUUGGGAUCCGAUUACAUAAUUUGCAUUCCAAGUGAACUAUUUUACGGUUUAUUGGGGUCUUUAGGAGGAUCAGAUCUGAGUGAAUUAGGAGAGAAACAGUUGUAUUGAUCCUCAACUUGGGACAAUGUUAUAUAGAUAGAAUGUCAAGAAGGGAAAGAAGAAUAAAAAGGGUGGGGAAUGAAUUCGAGAGGAUUCCCCUGCCACUCCUGAUUCCGAACUGUUCUAUUCAUCUGUUCCCCCUGAGGUGUUUUUAUAGUCCUCACAUGUGCUGUGCACGUGUUUCCCCCCCGCUCCUCAUAUGCCUAUUAUAUGUUAGUAAUGGGUUCGUAACAGUAUAUUGGGUGGUUCUAUUGGCAAAGAAAUCACAUGGUUUCUGGACAUCUUCACAGAAACAUGCAAUCUGAUGAUGACCAUCACUCCUUUAAAGACAAGAAUUAAAUUGGUCCCAUCUGACAAUGUUGUAGAGAACAAAUCAAUCUAUUAUCCCUUUUCAGUAUACGAAACCCUAAUAUGAAUGCAAGCAUCGCAUCUGAGAAAGUCAUUUAUCUCUGAGUUUCCUUCUGAAAGGUUACACUGGUUUUUGUGCAUUGAGAAUGAUUGUUCAUGAAGCCUUAAAUCUUUAGGAAUUUAGUAGUUUUUGUACCUCAGCCAUUUGAUAUUUCGAUUGGAAAUUUAUGGGGCAAGAUAAUGUGAUUAUUAAAUGUGUACAUAAUUUUUAGCAUAAACAUGCUUUUUUGUUUUAUUUUGUACUGCAAAGACACGUGAUAUUUAUAUUUUUUGCCCACUUAUUUGAUAAUAAAUUCAUACCUAACCGUAAUUUUGGAUAUGCUUAAAGCUAGAGCUGUCCAGGCAUUGUGCACUGUCUUGUUGUGUCACCUGGGCACUGUGAUGCUGAACACGCCUGAAAAACCUUGAUAAUGCUCAUUAUACUGCUUCAUCUCCUAUUCAUUUGUUGGGUAUGCUGGCACUCAUGCUGUAACUGUGGUGUAUUCGUUGGGGUAUUCUUUUGCAUUCACAGUCAUGUAUUUCUACCCGAAAAGCAGAUGUUAGACAUGUGAUCCAAACGUACUUGCAAAUCAGUUGGGAAUGAAAGCCUACCAUGACCCUCUUAGUUGUUGAUGUCUGUGAUGUAGCGAUUUAUUUCCCCUUAUUUAUUUUCAGGACAUAGAAUAACUUUUGAAGAUCUUUUCAUCUUUUGUCUUUGGUUUAACAUUCUAAACGACAGUUUCUUUUCAUCUCCAGUCCAAGAACUCUGCUGUGGAUGUUGAACCAGAUAAGAUGUCGAAACUGGAGUUUGACGUCCAGGAGGAGGACAAGUCCAUGUCAGGUGGGAUCCAGCAUGAUUUCUGUAGAUCCAUACCCAAGUAUCCAGGUCUAGUUUAGUUAUGUUCCAUUUGUUAAGCACUGUUGACGAUUUUAUGUGCACUGCUGAUUUCAGGGAGGAUUUUGUCAUGUCCAAAGAAAAAUGAACUGAAGGUUGGCAAAUCCUCGGCAUUUCUGACUUAUGUCAAAUCAAGAUCGCAGAUGAAAAAUUCUGCUGAUGUUCCACUGCAGUCAAGAAGCAAUGAGAGAGAUCUUGUAUCUUAUGACGAACCAGGUUGUGUUGACAAGCAUAGGGUUGCAUCAUGCCAGAGUGACGGGGACGAAUCAGUUCAUCAGGGUCGUUCCUCCUUGGGGUCUUUUCCAACCCCUGCUGAUCUGAAUCCCUCAGAAGGCCAGUCACCCUUUGCAGCGCCAACUCAAGCAGGUGAUUUGCCACUCAACAUUUCAGGUGAUUCGCAAGUAUAUCAGCUGCCCUGUUUCUUCCCCAGGACGGUGACACAGAACUUGGUGCAUCCAUGCCCAUCAGUGUACCAUGGUGGCUUGCCAGCUGCACAGCUACGAGGUUCUCCAGUUGGGUACACACCGCUAAUGCCUUGUGCUCGGGUUCCAGUGAUAUCCUCAUUUCCUUACUAUCCAGUUGCUCUGGGUACCCAACCAGAACAAGUGCCUUCUCCCCACUUGUGGACAUCCAUUCCCUGCUCGUCUACAAUUGAGGUGA